AUGACGAAAAAGCUCAAUCCUUUGGAAGAUCCACCAACGGCAUCUUCAAGCGACGACGAUGAAGUUGAGACUUCAGCUGGAGAAGAGGAGGAAGAAGACGUCUCUUCAUCGGAAGAAGACGAGCCCGCCAAAGCUCCUUCCGCCGCCGCUGUAACAAUCGCCGUUCCAGGCAAAACCACCGUCGCUUCCGCCGCCGCCAAGCAUGCCUCCGAUUCCGAUUCUGGAUCGGAGACCGAGACAGAUUCCGACUCCGAAACCGAGCAUCCCUCGAAUCACGGAUCUGGAAAAUCCCUUACCGCCGCAACCGUCCCAUCCGCCGCCGCCGCCGCGAAGGCCAAGAAGAAGGAUGUGGAGGCUCCGCUGACAAUUGCUUUAGGCUUACAGGCGCCGAAAUCGGGAACGAAGCGGCCGAGUGAAGGGACUUCAAGGGAGGCUAAUUCAAAGCGAGCUAAGAAGGUUACUUCAGGGGACGACGAGAAGAAGAUCGGCGAAGACUCAAAGAAACCUGCUUUUCAGAGACUGUGGUCUGAGGAAGACGAAAUCACUGUGCUUCAAGGUAUGAUCGAUUUCAAUGCUGAUACAGGCAAGUCUCCUUACGAAGACACGAAUGUGUAUUACGAUUUCAUCAAGAAAAAGAUUAGCUUUGAGGUUAGCAAGAACCAGUUCAUGGAUAAGAUUAGGAGCUUGAAGAAGAAGUAUAUAGGCAAAGGAAAGACUGCCUUCACGAAACCUCACGAUCAGAGAUCUUUCAAGCUGUGCCAACACAUAUGGGGACCUGAAGGAAUGGCUCUCGAGUCAGCGGUUAAGUCCAAUGGCGUAUCGAGAAAGAGCCAGAAGAAGAAGAAGCUUGACUCUGUGAAGCAAGAGCUGUCUUUUGCUUCUUCCCCUAAUGGCAAAACGGUUGAUGAUGAUAAAAAAGUGUUGAUCCAUGGAGGAGAUGUGGAGUCUUCGGUUGCUGCGAAGAAGCAUGAUUGGUUCGAGAGCUCGUUUCUUGUUCGCGCCAUUGCCGGUUUGGGAGUUGAUGAGUAUACUGUGAAACAGAGGUGGAGCUUGGUGCCUGUUGAGACGAAGAAGAAGGUUGAAGAGAAGAUGAAGAUGUUGCAGGCCAAGGAGAUUGAUUUUGUGUUGGAGAAGACACAGUUUUUGCAUGAGGUUACAUCGAUGAUCGCUGAAGCAUCUAAGAAGAAGACAUUAGAUAUAUAG